UAUUACAGUGACUGAAUUUGCCGGUAGGCUAUGUGUAGUCUAUAUUGUACUGGAUCGUAUUGGCCAAAUAUCAUAAUGUAAUAUAAAAUACAGUCCCCUACUCAUUUUAUAUAUUUAAAAACGAAUAUAUAUAUGAUUAUCUGUGUUUUUUUUUUUUUUUUACCGAAUUAGAAUGUGUAUCAGACCUCAUAAUAAUAGGCUACUGCAGGAAUUAAUUAAACGACCCAACCUGCCAAAAUACACGCCCGCUGGUGCAGUUUAUCUGUCCAAACCCUGUCCAUUUCUGAGAGAUACAGACCAGGUAACAACCAGCAGCUCGAUAUCAUUCAAUGGUGUACUGUGAAGUAUUGAUGUUUCUCCUCAUAAAAAAAGUCGUGGUUUAGGAACAAUGCAAAUCAACAGGGUGGUUUCUUGGCUUUGCUCCCUGCAUGCACAACUCGAGUCAAAAUUAUGCGUUUCCAAGCAGGUUUAAGACGGAUGCCUCAACCAUCUGCGGCCACCAUCUCACCGCUCCAAUGAGGGUUCUUCAGGUCAACCAUAGCCAUCUGAUAGCAAUAGACUCCAAUUAGUGGACUGAGUCCUGGAUUCCUGAUUCCUCUUCUGUUGAGACGGACCUCCAGGACUAGGACAAGAUGAAACCGGAUGGUGUUGACACGGCAACAAUGGAGCCAAUGGAAGCAUUAAAUGCAGGUCCUGCGGUCGAAGUGGCGCCAGUGGGCGAAGCUCAGGACCAGGCUUUGCCUGCAACGCAAACAGAAGGUGAACCACAGCAAACAGAGGCAACCAACAAGACUGGAAAGGACAAGUCUGGGGAUCCAAAAGCUAAGACGAAGGCUCCUGCAAAAACAAAGACACCCACCUCUGGAACCAAGACAUCUACAACCGGCUCCCGUCCCACCACUGGCCAAGGUCGUCUGAUAAACGGGGCACAGAAGUCGCAAGCUAAUGGCGUCACCAAAAAGACCAUCACAGCAGGCCUGGAGAAGAAAACCUCAACCACUGCUGCCACUAAAAAAACAGUCAGCUCUACUCCUGCACCCACAACCAAGACCACAAACAAGGUGGCUGAGAAAAAGUCUGUGGGGAUGGCGAGACCUGCCAGUGCUCCAGCCAAUGGUGUGAAGACAACAGGGGCAGCACAGCUCAUCAAGAAAGCCCCUGCUGCACCAGCUAAUGGUCUGAAGUCUAAACCAAAAACUACAGCUCCAGCUCCAAGACCCGCCACUGCGUCCACCACUAAGACCAGUAUCACUGGCUCUCCCAAACCUGAUAGGCCACCUGUCGCCAAGACAACCAGGUCUGUUGGCUCUGCUCCUGCUGCCCGUUCUUCCCCUGCUGCCCCUAAGCCUGGGACACAGACAACUGCCAGCAAGACAUCUACAGCUGCAUCUAGGCCAACUACUGCUACACCCAAGACACCAUCUACUACUGCUAAACCCUCUCCUGCUAAAACCACAGCUCCCCCUGCUGGCCGCACUCCCACUCCUAAGACCACAACACCUGUCAAGAAAGAUGUCAGUAAGCAGUCAUCUGCUCCAGCAGCCAAGAAGCCCACUUCUUCUCCACUUACCCGGCCAGCACCAACUAAGACCACCAAACCUGACACCCCUAAGUCAGCCUCCACUGCCAAGGCAGAAUCAGCCUCCAAAAAACCCACCACCUCCAGUAAGGGGGCAUAUGUUAAGACUAGUAAACCCAAGGAGAGCAAAGCAACACCUUCCAAGGAGGUCAACGCAAGCCCCAAGACCACAGGCAGCAAGCCCAGCACUAAAACAAGCAGCCCAAAGAAGUCAGUUGGCAGUAGUACUCCAAAGCCAUUGAAGGGUGGCCCAAAAGCCUCCCAGCCUGCAGACGCAGCAGCUACAGAGGCUGAGAAAAAGGACAUGGUACCCGCUAUGGUUGCAGCCACUACUGCAGCUGCUGCUGUUGUUUCUAUGGUGACCUCUGAGGCAGCACCUGAAGACUUAGCCACAGCUUUUGUUCCUGUUGCCACUGAAGAGGCACCUGAGGAAUUGUUUACCCAGGUCAAUCCUGCUGCCUCUGAGGUGAAAUUAGAAGACUCAUUUACAACUCCAAUUCCUGCUUCCUCCGAGGACUCUAAAGAGGAUUCAAAAGAAAUUGACAAACCUGUCAUUGCCCCUAUCACUACGAAAGCACCUGAAGACAAAGUUACACCUGUCAUUCCUCCUGUCUCUGAGGGAUCACCUGAAGACUCUGUUACACAUUUCAGUCCUGAAGAAACAUCUGAAGACAGAACUAUGUCUGCCAUUCCACCUACCUCUGAUGAGGUACGAGAGGAAACUGUUUCACCUGUCAUUCCUUCUGAAGAAACACCUGAAGAUGUAACUACAUCUGUCAUUCCUCCUACCCCUUUUGAGGAACGAGAAGAAACUGUUUCACCUGCCACUCCUUCUGAAGAAACACCUGAGGAUGUAACUACAUCUGUCAUUCCUUCUACCUCUUAUGAGGCACGAGAAGAAACUGUUUCACCUGUCAUUCCUCCUGCUUCUGAAGAAACACCUGAAGAUGUAACUACAGCUGUCAUUCCCCCUACCUCUUAUGAGGCACCUGAAGAAUCCAUUUUACCUGUCAUUCCUCCUGCUUCUGAAGAAACACUUGAAGACACAACUGCAUCCGUCAUUCCCCCUACCUCUUAUGAGGCACCUAUAGAAACAACUUCAUCUGUCAUUCCUCUAGCCUUUGAAGACGAACCCGAAGACACAUUUACACCUGUUAUUUCUCCUACUUCUUAUGAGGCGGAGCUUGUCUAUCCCCAGGAUGUCCCCCAGAGCAUGGACACUUCUAAAGAUGACAAUGUAAUGUCUCAGCUGGCUGCUGAAGUGGACUUGGUCAGUCUAGAGGAGCCAGUGUCUGCUGUGUCUCCCCUGGGCACAACAGUAAUGUCCCCACCAUCCUCUCCCACCGGCCCAACAUCCAUGCCAGUUGAGCUCCCAAGUUCAGUUCCCUUCCUGAGCACACAGGGUCCAUCUGAACCAUGGGCACAGAGCUCUUCACUGUACUCCAGCUCUGCAACCAUAGAGAACCAGGAGCAGGAUAUGGAAAGAGUGCAUGAUGAAGAAAGUGAACAGGAUGAUGAAAAAGGUCAGGAUGAUAUACAGAUACCUUAUACUGCAGAGAAUGUGAUCGAAGACUUUGAUCUGAUGGGCUCCACUAGUGGGGAUCACAUCAGAAAUGCAGCUCCUGUCUCCCCCUUGCAAGAACGAGAAGAGGCAGUGGAGAAAGCUGAAGAAGAGAUUAAUGAAGACUAUGAUGAGGAGGAGGAGGAGAAAGAGAAAGAGGAGGAGGAGGAGGAAAAAGAGUUAAAAGAGAUUGGCAUAAAGGAAUCAGUGUCCCAAACAGAGAAAGAAGUUGACUUUAAAAAGGGGGUGGCAGAUUUUGCCAGCUCUGACUGGGGUAUGAUGCAAUCAGAUGACAUGUACAGCAGUAACAAACAUGACUCAGAAGUGACAUCUCCUUUUAAUGCUGAAGACAGCUGCAGUGCUAAAGAUACAGAUGACUUCACCAUAACCGAGGCAGACAGGGAACAACCAUUCACAGGGCCUCCUGGAAUCCAGUCAUUUGGUAGUGAAGAUGAGGAAGAGGAUGAGGAAGAAGAGUAUUUGAAGGAAGACAUAGAUCUGGCAUUAGAGCAUGAUGAUGAACAUCUCAAACAACAGAAAGACUUAGAGGAAGCAGGUGAAGAUGUGGAGAUGGUCCGCAGAGGCAUGGCUGAGUGUGGACUUGGGGUUCGUACAAAUGAUGGUAAUGAAGAUGAAGAUGAUGAUGAUUACAGAGAUGAGAGUGAUCUAGUUCUCAACAGCAUGGGUCACACUGCUCAAGCAACAUCUAUGCUUUUGACAGCAGCAUGGAGUCAUUCCAAUCCAUUCUCUGAUCCCUGGGCCCAGCCUUCUUUCGCCCUGUCUGAAUCAAACCUGUCAGAUUCAAGAGUUCAAGAUCCAGACACACUCACCAAAUUCCAAGCCGACCUAGACACAAUCACCACAUUCUCAGCUAAACCAGGUACACCACCCACAUCCCCAUCUGAGACUUUUCUGGACACAAGUCCACCCCUGAUUCAGACCUUAGAACCUCAACCUGACAUCCAAGAGGAGACAGGUAUCUCAGUCCCAGUGGAGUCGGGUAUCUUGGCUCCUCCUGCCAUUGGAAUGUCCCAGUCCAGCACCCUCAGUGGAACAGCCCUGGCUGCCCAUAGCAGCAGUGAGACCAGCACACCUGAAGAGCUUCGAGAUUAUGACAGCAGCUCAGGUGUAGAAUCCCGAUCAGACAAGCAGCAGACGCCAGUCCCUGCCAUGCAUACAGACAUGGAGCAGGACCUAGGUAUUCACCUUGAGCGAGGUGAUGGGGAGGAGGAAGAGGCAGAAACGCUGCCAGCUGACGAAGUACUGGGUGAUGCCGCAACAGCACCAGCCUCUGUACCAUCAUCACCAUCAACCUCCGGUGAUGAAGCCAGUGAUACAGAGGGUGAGAUGCAAAUCAAUGACCCUGAUGUUGCAGUUGAUGACAAUGCCACAGUCCCCCACAACCUCACUGCCCUGGAGGAAGAUGAGGAGGCUCCUGAACAGACUGGAGAGGAAGAUGGUGAUACGCCUCAGUCAGCCAACUCUGUGGCCUCCUACGGUUUUGACUGCUCCGCAUCCAUCUCCAAUGCCCACUCUAUGGCUGAAAGCUGUGGAAAGAGUCCAGGCAUCUUUAGCCUGGAAAAUGAAGAGCAGCUUCCGGAAGAGGCCAAGGAUCCUUCUUUCAUCAAGGAGCUCACCCUGCCAGCAGCUACCGCCUACAGUGAUGACUUGUUGGGCUGCCCAGUGGAUUUGCUGCCUAUCAGCGAGCCCACAGAGAGGGAUGCUGGGUUUGACGAGCACUACAUGCUGUGCAGUAAGACAGACCCAGGCGCGAUGGAGGAAAUGGAUCCUGAGUCCCCUAUGCACCUAUCACCCCAACAUGGGGACGAUUCUGACCGUCAGCCACCAUACUACUCUACUAUAUGUGAUAAGACUGAUAACUUUCUGGCAGGUAACGUAUAAAGUCCCUCUUUUGGAAUGCACCUUGUCUACCCCAAACCCCACUCUCCCACCCUGUGUCCUUCAUUUCUUCCAAAUGUGGGGUUAACAAGCAAAGAAAUAAAUAGAAAUAUGUAAUAGAAGGGGGAAAGAAAAGCAGAGCCAUCAGGUGAGGGAUAGUAGCUUUGUCUGAGCUGCUCUCUGUUCUUCUAUUACCAUGGUGAUGGUUAUGAUUGUAUGGCUUAAAUUUCUGUAUGUACAGUAGCUAUUCUCAUUUUCUAUUAGAAUGUAUUUUAAAUAACACUGCGUUUCAUGGCACCCCUGAACCUGCUAUGUUAGUCUAAGUUAAGUUGAUGUCCUUUAAUGAAAGGACAAAAAUGCAAAAAAAUAAACACACUUGGUGGACUCCAACUACCUUUGUAUUUAUCCUACUGUUUUUACCAAUCAAAUGUCAUUUUUUUGUACUUAGUUUUUUUUUCUGUUUUUUGAUUUGUUAAUAUCCCUGUCUUUCCUUAAUGUUUGUACACACAUCAGUUUUCCUGCACUGUAAAAGUAGCUUUACUAUCUUUUAAAACUUAUUCCAGCUUUCUUUUUAAAACGUGUUCCAGCACUAACUGUUUUAGCAUUAAAUACAGGUUAAAUAUUCUUCAGAAGCUUUUCACUCUCACAGUGUUUGACAUAGGGAGGUGAAUGAGUGUUAGAUGGCAAGUCAUACGUCAUUUUUGGUUGUCUUUUGUUAGUUUUGAGCUACUGCUGCCCAUUUUUGUGAAGGAUAACAUAGAUUCUCAUUGGCACGUAACUUAAGUGUUUUAAAGUACUGGGAUCAGAUUGAUCUGGAUUCUUUCAUUUACAGUUGUUAGACAUUUGUACUUCGGAACAGACUAUUUCUAUUAAUGAAAAUUGAAGUGUUUUCCUGCAUUUGUAAAUCUUAAAAUGAUGCUCGCAGGUUAGUGUACUGUGAGUACUGGGACAUUUCUACAAGAAUUGGAAGUGCAUGUGCAACUAAUUAAGAAAUGAUUCUUGCUAUGAAUCCAGACAUGAUCCAGGGAUGUUUGGACGUUAAUGAUUCACAAUAACUAAAAGGUUUUUCCCAAAAUUCCAUUAAACAUCAUUGCAAUGCU